AAAAGAGAAGGGGGAGGAGAGGAAACAUGAUGAUGAUGUCCUCCUUCUCUCCUUCCUCUUCUCAUUUAUUCAUAAACGCUUCCUCCAUUAAAGCAGCGAGGAGGAGAGCGAGGGAGCGAAGUCAACGGGAUCCACGAUGGGAUUCACUUCUCCCUGAAUAGACACAUCUCGUUCGCCCGACUACCACUACCAGCCCCCCCCAACCUGAAGCUGAGUGUGGGCACCCUUGGGUUAGAUACUGGUUUGUGGAUUAUAUUAAACUGUAUGUAAAUUACCUUGCUUUAGGUUCGGAUGUUUUUAAUGGUUUUAUGUGAAGCACUUUUAAGUGCCAUGUUGUUGAAAUGUGCUAUACAAAUAAAUUUGCCUUGACUUGCUUUACUAUGAUUGACUGUUUUUCCAUCCGUUCAGGUGCUGACGCUCGUUUGCCAAAAUCUUUGGAAAGAAAAACCAUGGAAACGUCCCCAAAUGUUUCUAAACGCAGCAAGGAUGUUGUCCAAUCAGAAAGCCAGAUUCCAGAAGAGGAGGAGCCGGAAAACGCCCUUGGGGACAUAGAUCCCAAUGCCAACUGGGGGGCGGAGCCUAACUUCAACCUCAACCUCAUGCUGUCCUCCCCGAGCAACCCCCGACCACCCACCGAGACACUGAGGCCUCAUAGACGCAAAAAGGAUGAGGGUAAUAAAGUAGACGGGGCCAAGGUAUGGGCCGCCACAGAAACGGGCGCCCUGACGACCCCCGUGAUGUCACCGGGCGAAAGAGACGAUUUGUGGAGACCGAAAGGCAAAGCAUCGGCUGUGUCUCUGAAACCCCUGAACCCCAAAAGGGCUUCUGCACUUGGCCUCAAGGCGAGUCGAAACUCCCCCCGGGGGGAACAAACCGCUGUUGCCAUGAUGAUGGGAAGAGUGAAACCACGAGUACAGAGAACGGAACCUGCUGGUGUUGCAAACCAUAAACCAUCAAACCCCAAACCACACGUCUCACCGACGGCAAAGACCGCCGGCAAAAUAACGGUCGGAAAAGAGAUGUCCCUCAAGACGCAGUUGCAGAAAACUCUCUGCCCACCCGUGAGCCUGAAAAUCCCAGAUCGGAAACUGGCCAAUCAAACCCCAGCGUUGACAACCAGAUCCCCAAAUCAAGCCCCAGGAAGCACCGAACGUGAGUCAAGGAGUCCUGGUUCUGAGACGCCGAAUCAGAGGGCUGAACCAGCACUGCUCAGCGUGAAGACUCCUCGAACGAGUUUCUUGAGUCCCAAACCGCCCACCCAGAAAAAAGCCUUGGGGACCAGGAACCGUAACACACCGGGGUCCAAGGAGAACCUCAAUGGGAAGGAUUCAAGUGCUGGUUUCGGAUCAAAUUCAAAUUCCAAAUCUAGUUCAAAUUCCAAAGCCACAGACAGUCUGGAUUCUGAAAAUUGUCCGGACUGUAAAACGACAAAGGGGUCCAAAGACAGUCUGGAUUCUAAAAGCGGUUCUGCUUCCAAAACCAGCUGGGCCUUGAAGGACAACUUAGACUCCAAAACCGGGUUCAAUUCCCAAGCCAAUUCCAAGUUGAAGUUCUGUUUAGGUUCCGGUGAUGGGCUCGGAUCUAAAACCCCAAGUAAGUGCAAACCAGAUAAAACCAGUCCAGAUCUUGAGACAGCUGUUGGUCCUAAAGACAACCUGGACCCUAAAACUCCAUCAGAUUCUAAAUACAAUCUUAAAACCACUAAAAGUGUUAGACCUUCUGAGUUGAACCUCAGUGAUUCUGGGGUCAGGUCCAGUUCCAGACCCAGUUUAAAUUCUAAACUUUCUCUGCUGAACUCUGGCUCUAACAUGGACCCUGUUGGGUCCGUCCUCCCAUCCGCCACUAGAACUGGUCCAUCAGGUUACAAAGACAACAGCGUAAGGACCAGCUCCGGCGCUAAACUCAGUCCAGACCCUAAAGCUUCUAGGUCUGGACCAGUUCGUUCGUGGUCAAGGUCGGCUCUGGCAGAUUUGUCUCCCUCCUCGGCGUUGUCUCCUCUACCGAGUCCGGGGUCUGGUGCUGGCAAAACUCUGGGUUCAGGUCCAGUCGGACGGCACAGGGAGGUUGCAAAGAGGCCUGGUUCCACUACAGGUUCUGAUGUGACCUCAAGCCUUCCGGCUCCUCGGGCCGCCCCCGGCCCAAAAACCAGGACCACCUUUGCUGUGACAAUAACGAGCAGAUCCACAGCAGAGCCCGAAACGAAAACCAGCAGGACACCCCAUAACAAUACCAGUCUGACUCUGGGUCCUGACUGUGACUUCAACACCGUUACCGGUGAGGAAGAACACUUAAAACCGCCGGCAAACAAAGUGACAGCCGCCGGAGGGCCGGCGGUAUCCCAGGGGGCCGAGCGAGGGAGGGCUGUGACUGACGACACAAGGUGGCUGCGAGGAGACGCGGGGACACCAGGCGCCCCGCAGAUCACGCCGGGUCACCUGGGAGACGCAAAUGCCGCUGCCUGUGGCAACGUCCUAUCGCCGAGGGCAACGGGUGCAGAGAGCGUGAAGGGAGAGAAGAAGAAGCAGCAGAGGGGUAAACAGGGAGGCGGGGGAGGGAGGCCUUCUUCGCUCCUCUGUCCGAGUUCCAAGGCGGUGAGGGAGACGGCGACUAUGACCGGAGUGCAGCGGAGAGAUUUCGGUGUCCAGGUGGAGCUGGGGGCGUUGGAGUGCUUGAGUCCCUCCCCCUCCUCGAUGGGUUCGCCCACCUGCCAGUCAUUAACCUCGCCCCUCCAGCACGUCUGCAAGAUCGACAUCGAGCUUUGCCGCCAAUCGCCGCCCCCUUCGGCCGCCGCCGCCCUCACGCCACAGCGGCGACCCGGACGAGACACAAGCGGCAAGGGAGAGGAGGAAGGCGUCGCCAGGGAGGAAGAGGAUGGAGAGAACGCGGCGAGGCCGCAGGAGGUGGCGUGGGACAAACAGGGCCGGACGUGGGAGGUGUACGGCGCCGCGGUGGACAUGGAGUCCCUCGGCACGGCCAUCCAGUCCCACCUGGAGUCCAAGAUCCGGGAGCAGCAGAAGCACAUCCGGACCCUGAGGAUGUCCAUCUGCUCCGCCGGCAGCCCCCGGGAGCAAAGCGAGAAGGAGAAAAGGAGGAAGAGGAGGAGGAAGGGGGGGAUUCUGGGAUGCUGCGGGAAGUCGCUCGCCGUGUCGGACUGAGACCGGAAAAAUACACCAGACUCACGUUUAUUCACCGUAUCUCGAGUCAAAGGCGUGAGUGGUUCUGACUGACGAGAGCAGGGGUUACCGUCAGGAACCCAAACGUGGUCAUUUCCUUCGGUUAGCGCUCCCGGUUCGUGCCGAGGAGCUGAGAGGACAGCAGCUCCCUGCUGCUCACUGGAGGUAAAUAUUUCAUCCACCUCCCCUCCGUCAGCCGGACGCCACGCGGGACCACUCAGACGCCCCGGAGAACGAGGGGUGAACUUCCUCUAAUCCUCAAUCUUCAUCUUUCCUGUCCUUUUAUUUGCAUAAUUUUCCUUUUCUUCUGCUCUUUCCUCCGUGUUCACUUUCCCGUCCUUUCGAAUAUUCAUUUCCAGUAUUUUCCUCCUAUUUCCCGUUCUCUUUCUUGUUUUACUUUCCUUUGUUUCCGUGACUUUCUUUUUCUUGCUUUUCUUUUGAGUCUUCUGUUAAUUUCCUGUUUUGAUUCGGUUUUCCCUUCCUUCACCUUUUCUUUAUUUCCUUUCCUUCUUUCCCUCACGGGUCACAUCCGUCUUCAUCGUCCACAGACAUUUAUUAAUGCAGUGGUGGGAUUCUGCUGACGUGUUGUCACACACACACACACACACACACACACACACACACACACACACACACACACAACCUGCUCCCUUAAUGUAUUGUUCUGUUUUUCCUUCAUAUAUACUACGGGUUCUUUGUGUGCUCUGAGGCCCUGCUGGGAUUUGAUGUCCUAAAAGCAGCGCAGCGUGAUAACUUUGUCCUCGUCUAUCGCUGCAGUUUUAUCUCUGAAUUAUUCAGAAACAUUAAAGUCACGCUCGUGUUAACAA